AUGCUGCUCGCACGCCUACGGACGACGGUGACGGUGAAUCGCAACUUCCAGACUCGCGGAAUCGUUAAUAUGCUCGGUGCUGCUACGAUGAAGACGGAGAAGGCGGCUGCUCAGGCCGCUGAAGCUGCGCAGCCUCAGGAGCGCGGCGACAUCGUGCUGGACGGCUUCGCUAAGCGCCAGUUUGACGACAAGACGUACUCAGGUACUCAGAUCGACUUUGACAAGAAGGAGUUCGUCAAGAAGGUGAACGAGAUCUAUGAGGCCAACAACAAACAGCUGGUGGACGGCUACGCGCCGUUCUGCAAGCACUUGUUCAUCAAGAACUUCACAGGUGCUCGCCUCAACAUGGUGGCUAUCACGCAGGCCAAUGCCCACAUGCUUAUGUCGGACUACGAAGCCCGCACGGAAUACGAACUGCCCGUACUCGGUCGUUGGUUCCCGAGCCACAGCGUGACCCCCAAGGUGGCCGAGUACCUGGACAUUAUCCUCUACAGCCGUGAACAGAUCAUCAAGGAGAACGAGGCUGUAGACGUUCCGGCCGACCCGGACCACGGCGAUUCCCCAUGGGGUAUCGUGUCUAUCAAGGCACAGGAUGUGGACCACGAGUUACCCAUGAAGCCUAUUACCAUGAUGCGGAAUGCUGUCGGCAAAGAGCAGGGCGGCUCCGGUGUGCCUCUCGACCGUGACGAGUACAUGAAGGCGGUCGAGUACUGGCGAAACCACGCUGUGAUCAAGAAAAUGUAG